AUGGAACGCAGCACAAUUCAAGCCAAGUCAAAGCCUCUCCCUCCAGGAGUCUAUACUCCGGUCGUCACACUUUACAAGGCAGACGACCCCAGUCAAAAAGUAGACCAUGAAGCUAUGCACACACAGUGCCAGGCCCUCAUCAAGGCUGGUAUGCAUGGUCUCGUCUACCUGGGAACCAAUGGCGAACUAGUUCUUCUUUCUCGAGAAGAGCGAAAAGCCAUCAUCAAGACCGCUGCUCAAGCUGCAGCUACAGUUGGCGGACCAAAUUACCCAAUUGUGGCUGGUAUCUCAGCACAGUCCACGCAAGAGUCGAUCCAGAACGCCAAAGAUGCAGCUGAAGCCGGUGCUAACUUUGGUCUGCUUCUCCCUCCGAGUUACUGGGCCAAGGCACUACCCAGUCCUGCCAUUGUCGCCUACUUCAAGGAGGUGGCGGCUGCUUCGCCGAUCCCCAUCGUUAUCUACAACUUCCCUGCGGUCACCUCAGGGAUUGAUCUAGACACAGAUCAACUAGCUAUACUAGCCGCUGAGCCAAACAUUGUAGCGGUCAAGCUCACAUGUGGAAAUGUCGGAAAGGUCACCAGAUUAACAGCUCUCUUCUCCCAUGAACAAUUCGGUGUAUACGGUGGAAGUAGCGAUUAUCUUGUGCCCACCCUCUACGGUGGCGGAAGUGGUUGCGUUACAGGCAUGGGCAACAUAUUCCCUGCCAGCACAGCAGGAGUGUAUGAUCUGUGGAAGGCCGGAAAGAAUGACGAGGCGAACAAGCUUCAGGGUCUGGUCGCUCAUGCGGAGUGGGCCUGUAAGAAGGGGAUCGCUAAUACGAAAUAUGGAGCAUGGUACUUCCUUGGUCGCGGGAUUGGUGUCGAUAAUGAGACAUCGUGGGAGAUGAGGAGGCCCUAUCAGCCACUUGAUGAUAAGGCAAAGGAGUGGACUGUCAAGACACUUAGUGUACUUGCUGAUACUGAGCAGCAGAGAAGAAAAUGA